AUGGAAGGCUUACUUGCUGUGACUAUUACACAGGACACAGUCACAAGUGGAACCAUCAAUCUUUCUGUUGGAAGUAUAACCGUUAGUUCUGGCGCAUACUGGUCAAUCAUAAACAAUGCUGUUUCAGCAUUCGUAGGUGACUUGACCGUACAAAGCAAUGCCGGGUUCUAUAUCUCAACCACAAACCCAUUGAUUGGUUUGCAAGUCACCUUGCUAGGUGUCUUGAACUCAAUUCAAAACAACGGUGUUAUUUCAUUCAACUCCCUCAAGACAUUGAUUGCACCAAACUACAACUUGGUUGGUCUUUCCUUUCUCAACAAUGGUCAGAUGUACCUUGCAGCCGAUGGAACUAACCCACCGGUCAUGGCCUUAACAGCCGCAUCAUGGACAAACAAUGGAUUACUUGUAUUCUACCAAAACCAACGUUCAGAGUCUUUAAUCAAUUUGGGAACUACCUUAGGCUCAAUCACAAAUGCCGGCUCCAUCUGUCUCUACAGCAGUGUUUACCAACAAUUGACUAGCAUCACAGGCUCAGGAUGUCGAUUAUGUUUUUACUUUACUAACGAGAUAUACAGUAUUCAAGCAAAUGGAGACUCGACCAUCUACCUCUCCAAUGCGUUGCUAUCUGUUGCAACUACUCAAACUUUAUACUUAAGAGACUCCCAGAGUUCAAUAGUGGUUCAAGCAUUGAGUGCACCCGCUACAUAUACAAUUGCAGGAUUCGGUAAUGGUAACAAAAUUGGGUUGACUAUUCCGCUUUCUUUGACCAACAAAAUUUUGGGCACCACUCCAUACUCCUAUAACGCAAACACCGGUAUAUUGACAUUAACUGGUGGACUUACAGGACUCUUAUCACAAAAAUUUCUAAUUGGAAAAGGAUACGAUGCCACUUCCUUUGAAGUUGUUACAGAUGCCGGAGCCGGCUUACCAUCAACCUUAUUAGGGUCAUUACGAUACAAUAAAGCGGUCCCGGCAAAUGCAAUUCCAUCUGUUUGUCUGUGUCAGGUUCCACCAGCAGCUCCAGGAACGGACCUGACCUCAAGCACUCAACCACCAUCAUCGUCAACGCAACCACCAUCAUCUUCUACUAAACCACCAUCAUCAUCAACCCAACCACCAUCAUCAUCUACGCAACCACCAUCAUCAUCUACGCAACCACCAUCAUCAUCAACCCAACCACCAUCAUCAUCAACCCAACCACCAUCAUCAUCAACCCAACCACCAUCAUCAUCAACCCAACCUCCACCAUCAUCAUCAACCCAACCACCAUCAUCAUCUACCCAACCACCAUCAUCGUCAACGCAACCUCCAUCAUCAUCAUCAACCCAACCACCAUCAUCAUCUACCCAACCACCAUCAUCAUCUACCCAACCACCAUCAUCAUCUACCCAACCACCAUCAUCAUCUACCCAACCACCAUCAUCAUCAACCCAACCACCAUCAUCAUCUACCGAUUCUUCAGCAUUAACUACUGAGUACACUACUACCUGGACCACUACCAAUGCAGAUGGUUCAGUUGAGACCGACUCUGGUAUCGUCUCUGUUUCCGGUACUUCAUCCACCACAGUGACUACGUUUGCUCCUGAAUCUUCUACGGACACCGACAGUGAAUCAUCUACCGAUUCUUCAGCAUUCACUACUGAGUACACUACCACCUGGACCACUACCAAUGCAGAUGGUUCAGUUGAGACUGACUCUGGUGUUGUAUCAGUUUCUGGUACUUCAUCCACCACAGUGACUACGUUUGCUCCUGAAUCUUCUACGGACACCGACAGUGAAUCAUCUACCGAUUCUUCAGCAUUCACUACUGAGUACACUACCACCUGGACCACCACCAAUGCCGACGGUUCAGUUGAGACCGACUCUGGUAUCGUCUCUGUUUCCGGUACUUCAUCCACCACAGUGACUACGUUUGCUCCUGAGUCGCAGACUGAUACUGAUAGUGAAUCAUCUACCGAUUCUUCAGCAUUCACUACUGAGUACACUACUACCUGGACCACUACCAAUGCAGAUGGUUCAGUUGAGACCGACUCUGGUGUUGUCUCUGUUUCCGGUACUUCAUCCACCACAGUGACUACGUUUGCUCCUGAAUCUUCUACGGACACCGACAGUGAAUCAUCUACCGAUUCUUCAGCAUUCACUACUGAGUACACUACCACCUGGACCACCACCAAUGCCGACGGUUCAGUUGAGACCGACUCUGGUAUCGUCUCUGUUUCUGGUACUUCAUCCACCACAGUGACUACGUUUGCUCCUGAAUCUUCUACGGACACUGAUAGUGAAUCAUCUACCGAUUCUUCAGCAUUCACUACUGAGUACACUACCACCUGGACCACUACCAAUGCAGAUGGUUCAGUUGAGACCGACUCUGGUAUCGUCUCUGUUUCCGGUACUUCAUCCACCACAGUGACUACGUUUGCUCCUGAGUCGCAGACUGAUACUGAUAGUGAAUCAUCUACCGAUUCUUCAGCAUUCACUACUGAGUACACUACUACCUGGACCACUACCAAUGCAGAUGGUUCAGUUGAGACCGACUCUGGUGUUGUCUCUGUUUCCGGUACUUCAUCCACCACAGUGACUACGUUUGCUCCUGAAUCUUCUACGGACACCGACAGUGAAUCAUCUACCGAUUCUUCAGCAUUCACUACUGAGUAUACUACCACCUGGACCACUACCAAUGCAGAUGGUUCAGUUGAGACUGACUCUGGUAUUGUAUCUGUUUCCGGUACUUCAUCCACCACAGUGACUACGUUUGCUCCUGAGUCGCAGACUGAUACUGAUAGUGAAUCAUCUACCGAUUCUUCAGCAUUCACUACUGAGUACACUACCACCUGGACCACUACCAAUGCAGAUGGUUCAGUUGAGACUGACUCUGGUAUUGUAUUUGUUUCCGGUACUUCAUCCACCACAGUGACUACGUUUGCUCCUGAGUCGCAGACUGAUACCGAUAGUGAAUCAUCUACCGAUUCUUCAGCAUUCACUACUGAGUACACUACCACCUGGACCACUACCAAUGCAGAUGGUUCAGUUGAGACCGACUCUGGUGUUGUCUCUGUUUCCGGUACUUCAUCCACCACAGUGACUACGUUUGCUCCUGAAUCUUCUACGGACACUGAUAGUGAAUCAUCUACCGAUUCUUCAGCAUUCACUACUGAGUACACUACCACCUGGACCACUACCAAUGCAGAUGGUUCAGUUGAGACUGACUCUGGUAUUGUAUCUGUUUCCGGGACUUCAUCCACCACAGUGACUACGUUUGCUCCUGAGUCGCAGACUGAUACCGAUAGUGAAUCAUCUACCGAUUCUUCAGCAUUCACUACUGAGUACACUACCACCUGGACCACUACCAAUGCAGAUGGUUCAGUUGAGACCGACUCUGGUAUCGUCUCUGUUUCCGGUACUUCAUCCACCACAGUGACUACGUUUGCUCCUGAGUCGCAGACUGAUACUGAUAGUGAAUCAUCUACCGAUUCUUCAGCAUUCACUACUGAGUACACUACCACCUGGACCACUACCAAUGCAGAUGGUUCAGUUGAGACCGACUCUGGUGUUGUCUCUGUUUCCGGUACUUCAUCCACCACAGUGACUACGUUUGCUCCUGAGUCGCAGACUGAUACCGAUAGUGAAUCAUCUACCGAUUCUCCAGCAUUCACUACUGAGUACACUACCACCUGGAUCACUACCAAUGCAGAUGGUUCAGUUGAGACCGACUCUGGUGUUGUCUCUGUUUCCGGUACUUCAUCCACCACAGUGACUACGUUUGCUCCUGAAUCUUCUACGGACACCGACAGUGAAUCAUCUACCGAUUCUUCAGCAUUCACUACUGAGUAUACUACCACCUGGACCACUACCAAUGCAGAUGGUUCAGUUGAGACCGACUCUGGUAUCGUCUCUGUUUCCGGUACUUCAUCCACCACAGUGACUACGUUUGCUCCUGAGUCGCAGACUGAUACUGAUAGUGAAUCAUCUACCGAUUCUUCAGCAUUCACUACUGAGUACACUACUACCUGGACCACUACCAAUGCAGAUGGUUCAGUUGAGACCGACUCUGGUAUCGUCUCUGUUUCCGGUACUUCAUCCACCACAGUGACUACGUUUGCUCCUGAAUCUUCUACGGACACCGACAGUGAAUCAUCUACCGAUUCUUCAGCAUUCACUACUGAGUACACUACCACCUGGACCACUACCAAUGCCGACGGUUCAGUUGAGACCGACUCUGGUAUCGUCUCUGUUUCCGGUACUUCAUCCACCACAGUGACUACAUUUGCUCCUGAAUCUUCUACGGACACUGAUAGUGAAUCAUCUACCGAUUCUUCAGCAUUCACUACUGAGUACACUACUACCUGGACCACUACCAAUGCAGAUGGUUCAGUUGAGACUGACUCUGGUGUUGUAUCUGUUUCCGGUACUUCAUCCACCACAGUGACUACGUUUGCUCCUGAAUCUUCUACGGACACCGACAGUGAAUCAUCUACCGAUUCUUCAGCAUUCACUACUGAGUACACUACCACCUGGACCACUACCAAUGCCGACGGUUCAGUUGAGACCGACUCUGGUAUCGUCUCUGUUUCCGGUACUUCAUCCACCACAGCGACUACAUUUGCUCCUGAAUCUUCUACGGACACUGAUAGUGAAUCAUCUACCGAUUCUUCAGCAUUCACUACUGAGUACACUACUACCUGGACCACUACCAAUGCAGAUGGUUCAGUUGAGACCGACUCUGGUGUUGUCUCUGUUUCCGGUACUUCAUCCACCACAGUGACUACGUUUGCUCCUGAAUCUUCUACGGACACCGACAGUGAAUCAUCUACCGAUUCUUCAGCAUUCACUACUGAGUACACUACCACCUGGACCACCACCAAUGCCGACGGUUCAGUUGAGACCGACUCUGGUAUCGUCUCUGUUUCCGGUACUUCAUCCACCACAGUGACUACGUUUGCUCCUGAAUCUUCUACGGACACCGACAGUGAAUCAUCUACCUAUUCUCCAGCAUUCACUACUGAGUACACUACUACCUGGACCACUACCAAUGCAGAUGGUUCAGUUGAGACUGUCUCUGGUAUCGUCUCUGUUUCCGGUACUUCAUCCACCACAGUGACUACAUUCCCACACCUGCAAGAUGCGGAAACAUCCGAGUACACUACUACCUGGACCACCACUAAUGCAGAUGGCUCGGUUGAGACUGACUCUGGUGUUGUAUCAAUAUCUGGUACCUCGUCAACUACCAUCACUACAUUCCCACACCUGCAAGAUGCAGAAGCAUCCGAGUACACUACUACCUGGACCACCACCAAUGCAGAUGGCUCAGUUGAGACUGACUCUGGUAUUGUGUCUGUUUCUGGUACCUCGUCAACUACCAUCACUACAUUCCCACACCUGCAAGAUGCAGAAGCUUCCGAGUACACUACUACCUGGACCACCACCAAUGCAGAUGGCUCAGUUGAGACUAACUCUGGUAUUGUAUCAGUAUCUGGUACCUCGUCAACUACCAUCACUACAUUCCCACACCUGCAAGAUGCUGGCGCUUCCGAAUACACUACUACCUGGACCACCACCAAUGCAGAUGGCUCAGUUGAGACUGACUCUGGUGUUGUAUCAGUUUCUGGUACUUCGUCAACUACCAUUACUACAUUCCCACACCUGCAAGAUGUUGGCGCUUCCGAAUACACUACUACCUGGACCACCACCAAUGCAGAUGGCUCAGUUGAGACUAACUCUGGUAUUGUAUCAGUAUCUGGUACCUCGUCAACUACCAUCACUACAUUCCCACACCUGCAAGAUGCUGGCGCUUCCGAAUACACUACUACCUGGACCACCACCAAUGCAGAUGGCUCAGUUGAGACUGACUCUGGUGUUGUAUCAGUAUCUGGUACUUCGUCAACUACCAUUACUACAUUCCCACACCUGCAAGAUGCUGGCGCUUCCGAAUACAAUACUACCUGGACCACCACCAAUGCAGAUGGCUCAGUUGAGACUGACUCUGGUGUUGUAUCAGUAUCUGGUACUUCGUCAACUACCAUCACUACAUUCCCACACCUGCAAGAUGCUGGCGCUUCCGAAUACAAUACUACCUGGACCACCACCAAUGCAGAUGGCUCAGUUGAGACUGACUCUGGUGUUGUAUCAGUUUCUGGUACUUCGUCAACUACCAUCACUACAUUCCCACACCUGCAAGAUCCAGAAGCAUCCGAGUACACUACUACUUGGACCACCACUAAUGCAGAUGGCUCCGUCGAGACUGACUCUGGUAUUGUAUCAGUAUCUGGUACCUCGUCAACUACCAUCACUACAUUCCCAGCAUCUGCAACUGGCCCUAUUGUUUGUAAACGUGAUGACCCUGAUUGUAACUCUGGAGAGGGAAUCUACACUACCACCUGGACCACCACUAAUGCAGAUGGCUCGGUCGAGACUGACUCUGGUAUUGUCUCUGUUUCCGGUACAUCAUCCACCACAUUGACUACAUUCCCACACCUGCAAGAUGCUGGCGCUUCCGAGUACACCACCACUUGGACCACCACUAAUGCAGAUGGCUCGGUUGAGACUGACUCUGGUAUUGUCUCUGUUUCCGGUACAUCAUCCACCACAUUGACUACAUUCCCACACCUGCAAGAUGCUGGCGCUUCCGAGUACACCACCACUUGGACUACUACUAAUGCAGACGGCUCCGUCGAGACUGACUCUGGUAUUGUCUCUGUUUCCGGUACUUCAUCCACCACAUUGACUACAUUCCCACACCUGCAAGAUGCUGGCGCUUCCGAGUACACCACCACUUGGACUACUACUAAUGCAGAUGGGUCAGUCGAGACUGACUCUGGUAUUGUCUCUGUUUCCGGUACAUCAUCCACCACAUUGACUACAUUCCCACACCUGCAAGAUGCUGGCGCUUCCGAGUACACCACCACUUGGACUACUACUAAUGCAGACGGCUCCGUCGAGACUGACUCUGGUAUUGUCUCUGUUUCCGGUACUUCAUCCACCACAUUGACUACAUUCCCACACCUGCAAGAUGCUGGCGCUUCCGAAUACACUACUACUUGGACCACCACUAAUGCAGAUGGCUCGGUUGUGACUGACUCUGGUGUAGUAUCAGUUUCUGGUACUUCAUCCACCACAUUGACUACAUUCCCACACCUGCAAGAUGCUGAUGCUUCGGAGUACACUACCACUUGGACCACCACUAAUGCCGAUGGUUCAGUUGCCACUGCAUCCGGUGUGGUCACUUUAUCUGGCUCCUCCACUGUAUUGUUGCCAACUGUUUCUUUGGCAGUUCCAUCUUCAAGUAGUAUUAUAUCAACUACAACUUUUGAUAAUGCCCUUCCAACGUCCAAGACUGAGAAUGCUGGAACUGAGUCUGUUCCAUCUGUUGCAAUGAAUGGAAGCAACGGAGAUAGUGAAGUUAGCAACGCGGCAGGUUCUUCUACAAGUUCUGUCAUUGCAUUUGAAUCCGUUAACCCAGAAGCUUCUAAUUCGCCAAGUAGCACAAGUGCUGGUUCUGGCUUAGGUUCCAGUUCUGUGACUGUUGGUGCUACAACUUUGGAAACUCACGGAAUCUCCACCUCUGCUUUUGUUGCAGCUACGUCAUCGAAUUCAUCUCCUAUCUCCACUUCAACUGCAUCGGUUCAACUAUCUGAAAACUCGGCGGCUAGUUUUACUCCUAGCAAAUGGAUGGCUAUUCUCUUAGCCUGCAUUGGGGUAUUCACGUUUAUUUGA